AAACUUCUCAUAGGUAUUAUACCCCUCCCCUCACCACCCCCCACCCCCAACUACCAUCUCCAUUACUACAAUCCCUUCCUCCUCUGAUAAAAGUGAUAAAGAUUUCACCAAAUAAAGCUGAACUCAGAGCCUCUCCCUCUCUCUCUCUCUCUCUGUUAUUCUUUGAUAUCUGGGCUUCUUUGCUUUCCCUUUCUCAUCUGUAUACUAGCAGUGACAUAUACUCUUUUUCCCCCUCUUUCACUUUUAGUCUUUUCCUUCAACUGUUUCACAAUCAAGAAAGCAACCAAAACCAUCCCAUUUUACACUCAUUCCCCCUUUAAAUUCCCCCCCAUGCCCACCAACACAAAAGGCCAUUCCACCACUCCAAAUUCUUGAUUCCCAAGUCAAAACAAUUUUUUUUUUCAAGAUUCUUGGUCCAUGGAUGAAUUCAACUUUAAGAGGAGCCAUGUUCCUGCAUUUGGGAGCUGGGAUUGCAACGGCGAGUUGCCGUUCACGCAGUGCUUUGAGUCGGCGAGGGAGGCGGGGCUGCUGCGGUGCAGCUACACCGAGGAGCGUGACUUGUACGUCGCCGGCGAUUUGUAUGAGAAUGAUGCGUUCACUCCUGCUAUGAUUGUUGUACCUCGCCACAGAGGGAAAAAUUCAAGAAAGAAAGAAGGGAAAAAAAAGAAUGGGAGUGUGGUGUGGGAUUGUGGCUUUGAUGACUUGAAAGCACCACCAAGCCCCGCCGGUGCGGCGGCCCCACCGUGCCGGCCGCAGCCUAAAGCCGUCGACGAAGAUUUGUACAAGAUCUCCCCUGACCUCCUUCGUGCCCAAUCGAAAAGGAAGAGGCCAUGGAAAUUAUUCUCGAGCUGCCUUCCCUCGUGCCUUUACUAAAUCUACUCGACUCGAAAGCUCGUGAGCAUAUCGUACAUAAUCUGAGGCCCAAAUGUAUUGCUAAAAUCACUCUUGGGAACACCAUUAUGAUGUUAGGCUCAAGAAAGAUCAAACUCAUCAUUUUAGGGUUCUUGUCUUCUUGUAAAAAGUGAAGAGGCUUUGAUUGAGCAUGUUAUAUUUGAAUUAUUGUCACUCAUUUUGUGAAGUUGAUUUGAUGCUUGGUGCAGUUGCAUGAUAUUUUUUGCUUUUGUUUUGCCGUGA